CUACUAUGACGUUUUAUCAAACAUGCCCUUAUACUAUGCACGACUUGACCCAAUCACCAAAUGCUUAUGAUAUGGAUUUUUGUUUUCCAUGCAAUGCCUUUCUUGUACUUGAGUGUGAAUGACAUAUGUGUUUGAAUUUAUGCUUGUAUCACUUUGAUGGCUAUGUUUGGUUGUGCAUUCACCAAGUGUAUGAUGUUAUCAACCACGAAGCUUGAAUCAAGUUGGUGAUGGUCUUGUGCAAGUGUAUUAGAACUGCAAGUAUGAUUGUUUUGCACUUUACGAAUAACCCAAAAUCCCCAUCACCCAACAAUGUAGCUCGAACAUUCCAACCACAUCCUUCGUUCACCUUCUUAAUUUCCUUGAAUAUGCAAUUAUAUUUUGUUGGAUAUGUGGGCAUAAAACUAAAAAUUUUGACUCUCGUUGCCUCCCUUCAUAUUCACUUGGAAUUGAGUCGAUGGAUCCCACACCGAUAUAGAUUGAAUCUAUGAGUUAUCGGUGUGAGCAUACAUUAGACCUCGUGGAAGUAUUGUAUAGUGUAUGCUGGAAUUAGUAAUUUGAUUUGUAUUGGGGAAUGACAAGUUCACUGGAAGAGGGAGAGAAAGGAAGAAGACGAGAUUGGUUAUGCAUUUCAUUUUUGUUAUUUUUCUGGAUAAAAACAAAUUAAGUAAAAUGUUAAAUAAAUUUGAAACUUGAAAGGAGUUCGAUAAAAGAUAACAAAUCGAACGAGAUAGAAAUAAAACACAAAGUUGGGCAGCUUGGUAUCGAUUAAUGGGCGGUUGGGUUGCCUUUUCAUAUCAAAUUAGUUCACGUCAUUUCCUCAAUGUGGGGCAUUGGGGUGGACCAAUUAAGAGAGUAUGCAUUAGGCUGCACUUUUAAUAGUGACAUCGUAAUAUUGAUCCUCUAGAAUUGCUCUUUGCUUGCUCGCAAGCCCACAACUUAAAUAGGCUUUCAAUGUCCUUGCUCGGUUCGACCCAUCUUCCCAAUGCACUCCCUCACUCUUCAGAUCAUCGAAAGCGGACGCUCUAUAGCAUGAUUGUCACACCGGGUGGCAUGUCGGUCGGUACAACCGAGUUCAACCAAUUCCGGUUAUAAUACUAGCAAAAACCUAUAUGGUAUGAUCGACAUGAUCGGUGUCCGAUCUUUAAAAAAAAUGAUGCCUUUUUUGGUGAAUUAAUUAGCGGAAAAUACUUUUUGAUUUAUUUUUUGAAUUUGAAAGUUUAAUGUUGAUGUUAUUUGUAUAGAUUUGGGUAUGAAUAUUUAGAUGUUUAUCUUAUUUGUUGUAAUAAAGUAUAAGCUUUUGAAUAUUGACAGUAAAUGUUGUCUUUAAAUAUUUGAUUUUUUAUUUGUUUGAAAUGGUGUAUUUUAUUCAAAUAUGGGUGUAGAUUUUAGAGAGAUUGUCUUCAAAUAUGUUAUAUAUGCCUAAAUUCAUUUAGUGCUAUUGACCCACUUCUACACAUUUUGCUAAAACCAACAUGAACUCGAAUAAAUCGGUUGUAUAACAGGUCAAACCAACCAUUUGUCAAACCGACAUAAAGAUAGGGUAAUUAGCAUAAAAAGCCACAAACCUUUGCACUUAGUACAAAACAGACACAAAUCUUUAAUUUGUAACGAUACGGUAACAAAAGUUUGAAAUGGUCACUUUUGUUUAAUUUGUGACCAUUUUGUAUUAAUUGCAAAAAAUUGUUACCGCGCCAUUACAAAUUAAAGGUUCGUAAUCGUUAUGAGGUUGGAUAGUGUGUUUAUCAAAUAUAUGAUACUAACCACUUGAACGAAAUAUGAGAUGCCGGGUCCUAUGUUCAUCGAUGUACUUGCUUUGCCGAAUAAAAUUGCUCUCUAUUUACCUUCCAAUUUCAAAACCGAUAAAGUAUGAAAGUAGGUCCAGUUUUUUAACUAAAAAACUGCAUGUAACCCAUUUGUGAUGCUUUGAAUUCCUCACUGUCAUUCUUUGUUUUUUUAGAGUACUGCCAUCUUUUGUUACAUAUCAUUCACAUAAAUUAACAAAUUCACCAUACCUCGACUGGAGCGAGCUGUAAUAGUGAUUGAUCGUUCAAAACUUUGAACAUUGUACAUAAAGAUCACCAAAAGCUUAAUUUGUAAGCACACGGUAACAAAAGUUUGAACUUACGGUAACAAAAGUUCGUAUUUGUAUGAAAUGCUCACACUGUUUAAUUUGUGACCAUUUUGUUAAAGUACAAAUUUCUGAUACCAUAUUACGACAAAUUAAAAAUUUGUGAACAUUUUAUACGAAGUGCAGAAAUUCAUGACUAUUUAUGCUAAUUACACCAACCUUGCUCUCUAGUCUCUGUCUACUCUCUAGUCUUUAGUCUUUAGUCUUUACUCUCUGCUCUGCUCUAGUCGGCAGAAAACAGGGGUAGAAAAGGAAAAAAUGAAAAGGAAAAGAUGGCGGGCUAAAUCAAAAUUUCUCAUUUCAAAUGCCGUAGCGUUUCUCUCUCUACCUCCAUCUCCAUCUCCAAUUCUCCAUCUCAUCAUCUGAAAUCUCCGAUCUCUUUCGGCCGCCCGGCGGCACUGCAACGGGCGCAAAUGGAGUCGCUCCGUCUUAUCUGUGACCAAACCAUACCCCGUGCGCUGGAGAGAAUGGACUCCUUUGAGGAAGAAUUCGCCAGUUCCCUGGAUUCAAUCAUGGCCAAAGCCGAAUGCACCGCCCAAACUCAAGGGAAAUUAUGGAAGCUGAAGUCCAACUUGAGAGAUGCCGAAGAUGAAUUCGUGAAAGUGCUAUCAGUGAAAACCCAGAAAGAGGCAAAGCAGAUGCGACUAAGAGACUCCGUAUCUGCCGUAAGGGAUAGCUUAGAAGAACUUAGAAAGACUGUGCAAACUCAAAUAUCAAGGAGGGACGAAUAUGCUGGAAUUAUAUCUCAAUUAUCUCUUGACAAAGGGGCCCAGGACAAUCAAUUUAGAGGAGAAACUCAAGAGGCAUUGCUAUGGUACAAUAGGGUUCUAGGCCUCCAAAUCGAAGGUGGUCAUGGUGUUAAAUUCACGUUCAGAAACAUCAAUGUGAAACAUCCAUCUGAAGAGUACUCCUUUACUGUUCGUCAUGAAAAUGAUACAUACAGCUUGUUGGCUUGUGAUCCACAAUUGAAUGAUACCAAAGAGUUGAUCCAUGAGUUGAAUAGAACCAAUGGCUUAUUCAAGUUUGUCAGAACAAUGAGGGAAAAGUUUCAAGAAGCCGCAUCAUCUGGAUUUUUGCCUCAAUCCUCAGCUCCUGAACAGCAAGAGCUGUCCACGAUAUCAGCAUCCGCUCCAGUUUUGUCAGUUUACACUGACCAUAGUGAUUCUCCGACUCAGGGAGAGGAGUGCUCAGAUGAUGCCAGGAGGCACCCAAAGAAAGCCAACCGUGGAAGAGUGGGCAGAAAAAAAAUAUUAUCACCUGAGUCUAUUCGCCAAUCCCCUCGUUUACUGGUAUCUCCAAGAGUCUAAGACAACUCCUGAAAUUCUGAUAUGAGCUCUUUGAGAAUUAUUAUUAUACCAAUAUAAGCCUAUGUUGUUAAUGAACGAAAGAGUAAACCAUCUUCAGUUUCGUCUAUGCAUACCCCAUGGCUAUCUGAUUGGGACAGAAGCUGGAACCGGAUGGCCUUCUUAAUUUAAUUGUCAAUAAGCAUGAACCUCGUACUGAUGUGACUCAUUCGCCUCGUACCGAGUCUUAACACUUAUGAGUCUGGUUUAUUUUGCUGGAUUGCUUAUGUAUUAGAACAUUCAAAUUUUAUCGAAAUUUAACAGAAGAUCAUUGAACAGGGCAGGAAAUGAUGAUGGCAAUGCAGUUCAUUUCAGUAUUUCACCUUGGAUCCUGACGAAAUGGUACGUGCAUUAUGUUGCUACCGGCUCUUUAACCCAGUUCUUUUCACUUUGUCAGCUUAACCGUUGAUUGCUCUUAUCACCAUAUGUUUCAGUCUUUAGGUCAUUCAUCAAGCUCCUUAUCUCCGGGACUCGGUAUCAAAGUACGCUAGCAAGUGAACGUUUUCCCGGAGUUCUGAGACUCGGCUUGCCAUUCAACGGUACGCCUCAUAAUCCGCCCCAACGUAAUGUAUUGGUAUCAUCCAUUUUGUUGCAGUUUAUCCUGUAAAUACAAGGCAUUCGGUAGCUUUGCAAAUAUCUAGUCUGCAAGUUGUGUGUGUGAACAAAGUGCUAAGAAUUAUGCCUUCAUGAAAUCAGAACUUACGCCUUCCUUUCCUCUCAAUACAAAUAAACUGAGUUGGCAUGUCGCCAAUGGAAGGUUUAUCUGACUCUCUUCCACGUGAGCUGGGAAAACAAUUAAUCAGACUAAUUGUUUUCCCCUCAGCAAUCGGAAAGAAUAAUUAGCACCUAAUCAA